AUGAGUUUCCCCGGUGUUGGCCCUCAGGCGGGAUCGCCAGCCGAUGCGGCAAUGGGUCCCUCGGAUCCGCAGAUGGCAGCUAUGCAGAAUUUCAUGGAGAACUGCUGGACCAAGAGCGUCAUGUCUGGUGUGAUGGGAUUCGGCAUGGGUGGAUUGUUUGGCAUGUUCAUGGCCUCCAUGUCCUACGACACGCCCUUCCACACGGCCACGAUCGACGGCAAGCCGACGACGACGCCCAUCGCGGAGCUGCCGCUGCGGCAGCAGCUGCGGGUGGGGUUCAAGGACAUGGGGACGCGGUCGUACAGCAUGGCCAAGAACUUUGGCAAGGUGGGCGCGCUGUUCGCGGGUAUCGAGUGCGGGAUCGAGGGGCUGCGGGCCAAGAACGACCUGGGCAACGGCGUGGCGGCGGGGUGCCUGACGGGCGGGAUCCUGGCCAAGAACGCGGGGCCGCAGGCGGCGCUGGGCGGGUGCGUUGCGUUUGCGGCGUUCAGCGCGGCGAUUGAUGCGUACAUGAGGAGUCCGAAGGACGAGUAG